CCCGGCAGGCACCAUGGAGCUGGAGACCCUCGCGAACGGAGACUCCAAGGAGCCCGCCAGUGGCAACAAUCUGCGCGGCUCGGAAUCUGAGGAGCACGGCGAAGCCGCGAAGGCGAAAAGCGCAGCGCUUGAGAUGGACUUCUUCCCGUCGUUCCCCGGCAGCAGUGACGUCGACGACAAACCCUCGCCUGUCGCCGCAGCGCCCAUCACGACCGCGACCGAACAGCGUCACAAUAUGUUCACGAUGGAGACCGACUGGCGGGGACGACCAUUGCCGAACGCGGUCACCUACGUCAAUUCGCCGGACGAUUGGUGGCUUGGGUUUCCCGUCGACAGCCUCGCGGUGUGUGUCGAUGAGAAUGGAGAGCCCCCCAGCCCGCGCCUGUUUGGAUCGGACUGCACCUGCUCACCGGGGGGUCCGACCGGGACGUUGGCUAUGUGCGUCAGGAACCCCCACUUGGAGUGCAAAGGAGAGUGGACUAACAAGGGCUUGUAUUGCUCCUCGCGGUAAGCACAAGCAACCUCCUCGCCAGGACGCUCCUGCUGUUGAUGUCACCUCCACGGCAGUUGUCGCUAAAGUCCUGUAAGUAUGUAAUGUUGAUUUUUCUGAACAAAAUUACACAAACCGAUAAUUUUUAGCAACAAACUCAUUUUUUUCUUAAAUCGCAAACGACCUAGACACUUUGUUUUUAAUUUUACAAUAGCAAAUUGAAAAAAUAAAAAUUAUGCUGAGUGAGCUCUCUUCAAAAGCUUGCUUCUCGGCAUAGUACGCAUAUUGCUGAACAACCCAAGGUUGUAGCCACACAAACUGCACAUCGGAAGCUGAUAAAAAUGAAUAUUGGGUGAGAACUUGCUACUAGCUGCACAUGCACAUUAGCAGCCCGCUAAAAUGAAUUUGCUACUUUCAACAUCUUCUAGCUACAGGCGGGGACCGGACCACCCGCGUGGUCCUAUUGUUUGCGUCCUGUUCAACAUCUUUCGCGGGAAUCACGCAAAGCAAGGUGUUCCAAGCUGAUCGAAGCUGCAGUGUUUGAAUAAGUAUGAAUGAGACAACAAGAAGUAGCCUUCCACGACGAGAGACCAAUUGCGAUGGCCAUCGCACAGAACGAACGAGGAGCACGGGUGACGAGUAGAUUGUAGCAACUGAAACGAGAUUUCUCCAAAGGUAGUAGUGGCAUUCUUAGCUGCGCUAUUGGUUAUGCUACAGUGCGCGUGACAUAGUAGAUGAUUUUGGAAAUGAAUCAGCAACGGAGAGAUGAGCUACUUCUGUUGAAGUUGGAGAGGCUAUUCGAGAGUAAUGUUGAAGCACCACCUUCCAGAGCAACUUCUUAGAACAAACUGACAGCACCACGUGCUGCCAGAUCCGAGCUUAGUAAAGUUUUUCACUCAAUUCCAUCAAACCGUAGGCCAACUUCUCGUGUAAGUACCACGCACCUCACUGCUUGGCGUGUCAAGCCGAAGUAUCAAGAUGCUGGCCUGGGCGAUGAUGAAGGCGUUUUUCCUCUGGAACGCCGCGUGGGGUUCAGUCGCCCUUUCGGAGGCGAUUGA